AUAAUAAUCACUUUAGAAAUUAAUGGUACCUCCGCGAAGGCACGGGAGAUCCGUGCCGGGAGUGACAAGGUGGACCUCCGUAGUGGGAGCAAGAGUAGAGUGUGCAAAUGGCGACUCCUCUCCUAUCGGACCAAUCGUUGCACGCGUUCGAGGGCCGAGUAACGUUGGCCACACCCAUUCGCGACGUCAACGUGUCCUGCGCGUAGAGGUACUCUCACCCACACUCGUCGGACCAGUCACCACUCGGACGACGUAUUCAGCUUACCGCACACGUCUUCUUUUUCUUUUCCACCGGAUCCCGGCUUGUGACGUACACGCACGCGAGAAAAAUCGCGAUAAAACAGAAGACAGUUCGUCGAUUUUUUCGCAACGGAGUUUGUAAAUUGUUGUUGUACUUUCGAUCGGGCGAAAUAAUUUUAAGUUCAUUGAUCGAAAAGACUGUGAAUUGGGAACAGAUUCGCUUUUUGGCGGGAACAUAGCGAAAAAGUGAGCCGUGAGUGACAGUGUUGUCAGUGUUGUCAAAGACGCGAUAGACGUCUAAUUGCGAGCGACUCGAUCAGUGGAUUUUUUGAUCUCUUAAUCGAAACGAUCGUUUUGUGGAAUAAUUGUGUGAUAAAAUAUACAUAGUUCGUAGAAAGUGAUUGACUAACCUCUUAUAAACACCACUUUUUUUUUACAUUUGAAAAGAAUUCCCGCCGACAUAAAGUUAAUCUAUUAAAACUCUAUUUCAUUAUUUUACACUUCAGUAUCUAUUGAAGUUUACCAAUUCCAUCAUUCUCUAGCAUCUUUAGACAAGGGACAAACGUUACAAAACGACGUGUUCUUGAAAAACGCGUAUCGUAUCAAGGAUCAACGAAAAUAAUUAUCUUUGUUUAUUAGAGAGAACAAAAUAAUAUUAACCAGUGAAUAUUUAAAGUGAAAAAUUGAGAGUUUAGCUCACGUGGCGUGUAUUUGUAAUCGGUAUCACGUUUGCGAGAAGAUCGGGAAUAGCGAUUUCGAUAGUCGUUAGGCGGAGUCGUCUGGAAAGGUGGUCACGACGCAACAAACGGUGACGAGUUGUCCAGGAGGUGGCGAGGGCGGUGGCGGCGGUGGUGGUGGUGGUGGAGGUGGUGGAGGCAGCGAGACGUUCCCGUAUGCAGCUACAACGGGCACGGUAGAGGAGGUGGAGGCGCAGGAGGUGGAGGUAGAGGUCGACGAGGUUAAGAUGGAAGCCGAGGAGCAUCUCGCGAGGGAAUACGUACAGGAGUUUGUUCUCGAUCAUCUCGAUCCCGCCGACGUCAAACGGGAGGUACGAAUCAGCUCCCCAAUGAUGGUGAACGGUAGCGUAGUACAAUUACCUGGCCAGGUACAAACUCAAGGCCUAGCUCUGGCGCCUUUGACGCCGCCGGCGCACGAGCUCGAGCAACCUCAUCCUUUAUAUGGUCAACCGCACAUCCAAGUGCAGCACGGUGUCCUGGUGAAGGCACCUCCGGGUGCAGCGUCUCAUCUGACAACCCUUUCGCAUCCUGGAACACCACCGGACACGCCUCCGGUUUCGGCGUCCCCGCCACCGUUGCAAUUGCAUAGGAGCGAGCAGGAUUCGCGCGAGAGAGGAUUGUUCCUGCAAUUGCAACAACCUGGCUCGAUCGUACAGGAUGAGAUGCAGCCCAGCACAGGUGGCAUGGGAUGGUUGACGCAGUCUCUUAGGCAGGAACCGCUCGAUCUCAGACCUCAUUGUCCUCAGGAACCGCCGGAACCGCAUCACGAAGCUUGGCCGAGUCAUCAUCAUUUCCAAGAUCUGCAACGUUUGCAACGUUAUCCCAGACAUACUGGUGGAUACAUUACGAUGUCAGGCCACAUAGAAUACUGUGGAGGUGCUGGAUCAGGCGGCGGGAUGCUUCCCGCGGGCGGAAGUGGAAUUUCAGGAAUGGAAGACAGUAUGCAAGGGAUACAGAUGCAAAGACCGAUGAGCGUUUGCUCAGUGAGUUCUUGUGGCGCUAGUGGACCGAGUCCAGCCCAUAGGACAGGGAAUGGUCUUUAUCCAAAUUGCGGGAAUAAUAAUCCCCAGGAAGAACUCAUGAACGACGAGCUGCUCAUGUCGCUUUCCGUGCGUGAAUUGAACAAACGCCUCCAUGGUUGCCCGCGGGAAGAGGUGAGUCAGGUCGUACGCCUGAAGCAGAAGCGACGUACAUUGAAGAACCGUGGCUAUGCUCAAAAUUGUCGUAGCAAGCGACUUCAACAACGGCAUGACCUCGAGACAACAAAUCGUAACCUGCAGAACGAACUUCAACGGGUAAAAAUUGAGCUGGCACGGGUCCAGCAAGAACGCGAUCUUUACAAGCAACGAUGCGAGAUUCUGAGAACGCGGCAGAGCCACAAUCAUAAUCACAAUCACAAUCAUCAUCAGCAACAGGCAUCCCAGCAGCAACAGCAGCCGCAAUCACAGCCGCAGCAACAUCAGACGCAAAAUCAACCGCAACAGCAACCACAACAACAGCAGCCGCCUCAACAACAUCAACCGGCGCCUGCCAGUCCAGAAGUCUAUCUGUGACAUCGACAGCGCCGAGGAGGCGCUUGCUGGACCUGAAGAGAUAUCCGUCGUGCGAUCGGGAGAUUCUUGAUUGUGACAUACCUAUGCGCGUGGGUUGAAAAAAAAAAAGAAAGACCAGACAAGCAACCGGGUAUACACUUCGAGAAAUGUGCGUUUCUCAUUUUCUUUCGAUCUGUGACUUAAGUCUUAAGCACAUCUUUAAUCUCGUCUACGUGUAUAUAGUAUUUAGUUCUUCCAUAUUUUUUUCUUAUGUAUAUGUAUAGAUUUGUUAAGAGCUACGGCAAAAAAAAAAAAGAGCCUUGACUGUUAAAUCGACUUUGUAAAUCGCGUAUGGAGUUACCAACGCAACUAAGGUAUCAUUAGAUUAAAGAUAAUUAGUUCUAUUCUCAUAGAUAUAUGAAUAUAUUGCUCGUGGUAGACUGGACGUCUUUACCAAAUAUUGUACCAAAAAGGGAAUAAAGAGAAGAAAAAUAGAA